AUGGGCUUCUCGGACCCACAACUAAUGUCUUUGCAUGUCACAGUGCAGAUAACGUCUCUGUUGUCUCUCAUUGCAUCGUCCGUUGUCAUCUAUCACAUUCUCUUCAAAAACCCAAGAAAGGACCAUAAUCGAAUAACGUUACUGUUGGCAGUUUCCGACUUUUUCACAUCACUGGCAACGGUUUUCGCCCAAUAUCCAGUCAACGGCGCCCUAAGCAACACAGACGGCACCGCAUCGUCAAUUUGCAUAGCUCAAGGAUGGGCAAUCCAGACAUUUUACAUCGCAUCCGCUUUAUGGAAUAGUGCUAUGGCAGUCAACGUCCUCCUCGUGCUCUCAUUCCGAUAUUCAAUUGACGAUUUACCGAAACUGGAUUUAAUGUACUCGGCAAUCAUUUUCAGUGUCACUCUAAUUACGUCUUCUGUGCUGGCUGCAGUGGGUGCCUAUGGUGAUGCUACACUAUGGUGCUGGAUUGUACCGUCUCGCUCCGAUCUUCGUAUCGGUGUCUUCUACAUCCCCCUCAUAAUCAUGUUUCUCUUUGACUUGGCAAUCUACAUCCAAAUUGGGGUUACGCUCUGGAAUUCUCAACGCAAGAUCAGAAACUCUGUUGGGAUUGUUCCGUCUCCUUUAUCGACGAGAGUGGGAAGAACAUCCACCAACGGAAGUGAUGAUAUCAGAGAUCCAGUGGCUAGAUUCGUGUCAAAGGUUGCCUUGUUCAUUUGUGGCUUCUUUGUGAUUCUGGCUCCAGCAUCUCUCAACCGCAUCCUAAACCUAGCCGGCAUAACAUCCUUCGGUUUCUUCUACGCCCAAGCGCUGACUCAACCACUAUCCGGAGUUGUCACGUUUGCAGUCUACUUUUCUCGUCGUGGUGGAGGUGCACCUGCAAAUUCGGGCUCAUCAGAUACCAUGAGUCAUCGACAAACAGGGGAAAUAAAACGAGCGAACUCGAAUUACGAGCUACAUCGCUCGACAAGUACUUUUUAUGCUCCUGAACGUAUGGGGAGUGUUGCUUUGAAUGGGUCGCAUCAGAGUCUGGUAGCUUGA